UCAUCAUACUAUCACAUUGGCAUCUCACGAGGAAGUGUUCCCUGUUUGCAGAUUUGGUUACAAUUGACCUAUGGCUUGUUUGGAUAAUAACGUCAGGCAUGUUUUGCACCUCUUUGCAUCAUUCGGUUUAUGCGACUUUAUCUUUUUUCAAUGAAUGAGCAGGAACCAAUCCUGAUAUAAUGAGUUGACGCAUUGCUGAUAUCAACCACGCCUAUAUUUUAACCACGCUGGACGUUUUUUCUAAUUAUAUGUGAAGGACUAACUUGCUCUGAUUGGUUUAUUCUGGAAUAUUAUUUGGGUAUUCGGCGCGCAAUUGGUUAGAUUGUUGAUAAGAAGGUGUGUCAGCAAAAAAAAAAAAAAUGAACCAACCCCCUUAUGUUUUUUAAUUUACGUCACCACAAUUUUCUGUUGCUACUUGGAGGAUUGUAAACAUAUGUUUUAUUGCUAGCUACACAGAAAGCAGACAGCCAAAACGUGAGAGAGAAUUUUUGUAUUCUGCCUGUAUCAUACAAUUGCUUUGUUUCUCAGUUCUGUGUAAUAACUGAACAUAUAUCAGCUGUUUAGUGGUCUGAAUUGUUUGCCAACGGUACUGAAGCUAGCUAGCUGUCAUAAUCAUCAACACAAGAGACAGUAAGAAGACAAUAUAGCAAUCGUUACUGCAAAGCUGACAUAAUGGCAUCGUUGGCUGCACACGAGCCGAGUUUAAGCCCAAAUUCGAUACCAGUCCUCGCAGACGCUCUGAUGCCCGCGAGCAUUUUCGCUCCGGAUGGAGGAGGUUGUGGAGAUCAUGACGCCGGGGAAGAGUGCUUCGAGGACGGCGACCUCUUCAACGGCGAGGCCGGGGAUCUCGGCAUUGACUUCACUAACAAGUUGGCCCUGGUCAGCCCAAAUGGAGAGCAGUAUGACUCAUUACUACGACAACUCCGGGAGAGGAUGGACGAGGGUUGUGGGGAGACCAUCUACGUUGUUGGGAUGGGCUCAGAUGGAGGUGACUAUGGUCUGGAUGAGGGAGACAUGGAGGCGUCUGUAGCCACAGUUCAGUCCCUGUGUGAGCAGACAGAGUCAGAGCUGAUCCUGCUGAGGGAGCGUAUCGAAGUUGGGGGGCAGGUACGCGACUACCUCAUCCGUCGACGUGUGGGUGAUCAAGACUUCCUGGAGGUCAGGGUAGCGGUGGUGGGUAACGUGGAUGCAGGUAAGAGCACCCUGCUGGGGGUGUUGACCCACGGGGAACUGGACAACGGCAGGGGGUUCGCCCGCCAGAAACUCUUCAGACACAAACACGAAAUGGAGAGUGGCAGGACCAGCAGUGUGGGGAAUGACAUCCUGGGCUUCGACCAGAAGGGACAGGUGGUGAAUAAGCCAGACAGCCAUGGUGGCAGUCUAGACUGGACUAAGAUCUGUGAGAGGUCCUCUAAGGUCAUCACCUUCAUAGACCUAGCUGGACAUGAGAAGUAUCUCAAGACCACGGUGUUUGGAAUGACUGGACACCUGCCUGACUUCUGCAUGCUCAUGGUGGGCAGUAAUGCAGGUAUCGUAGGGAUGACUAAGGAGCAUCUAGGUCUGGCCCUGGCCCUCAAUGUGCCUGUGUUCGUAGUGGUCACCAAGAUAGACAUGUGUCCUGCCAACAUCCUACAAGAGACGUUGAAGCUGCUCCAGAGGUUACUAAAGUCCCCAGGCUGCAGAAAGAUCCCUGUUCUGGUCCAAAACAAAGAUGACGUCAUCGUCACAGCCUCCAACUUCAGCUCUGAGAGGAUGUGUCCAAUCUUCCAGAUCUCCAAUGUGACAGGAGAGAACAUGGACCUGCUGAAGAUGUUCCUCAACCUGUUGUCUUCUAAAACCUCCUUCAGAGAAGACGAACCUGCAGAGUUCCAGAUAGAUGACACCUACUCAGUACCGGGUGUAGGCACAGUUGUUUCAGGGACUACUUUACGUGGAUUGAUACGUCUGAAUGACACAAUGCUGUUAGGCCCAGACCUACUGGGCAGUUUCCUCCCCAUUGCAGUCAAAUCUAUCCACAGGAAGAGGAUGCCAGUCAAGGAGGUGAGAGGUGGACAGACUGCCUCCUUCGCCCUCAAAAAGAUCAAGCGUUCGUCCAUAAGGAAAGGCAUGGUGAUGGUGUCCCCCAGGUUAAACCCACAGGCAUCAUGGGAGUUUAUGGCUGAGAUUCUGGUUCUGCACCACCCAACUACGAUAUCACCCCGCUACCAGGCCAUGGUGCACUGUGGCAGCAUCAGGCAGACAGCCACUAUCCUGACCAUGAACAGAGACUGUCUACGAACAGGGGACAAGGCAUCGGUCCAUUUCCGCUUCAUCAAGACCCCCGAGUACCUCCACACAGACCAGAGACUGGUGUUCAGAGAGGGACGCACCAAGGCUGUGGGCACCAUCACCAAGCUGCUGCAGUCAACCAAUAAUCUGCCGUCAAACUUCAAACCCCCGCAAAUCAAAAUGCAGUCUACUAAAAAGGCCCCGUACCGCAGAGAGGAAGGAGCCACGCCAGCCAAUGAGGACGAAGCGAGCACAGCCCGACCAGACAGUCCGCACCAAUCACAACAACCGACAAAGUCAGGAGGAGGGAGCAGGAGACGAGGAGGACAGAGACAUAAAGGCAAAUCAAACCAGAGCAGCUCCACCACAGCAGCCCUGUCAUCAGCAGGCACAGGAGGAGGCGAGAGGAGUUGAAGACCACUUGUCCUGCCUAAAAUAAAUGAUUCCAUUUACACUGAAAAUAAGGUUUAAGAAUAUAAUGUACACUUGAUUAGCAACUGCUUAAACUACACAUUGAUUGUAAUAAUAGUUGCAGUACUGUUUGGACCAUCACUGUUUGCUUCUGACAUUCACCAAUAAAAACAGGCUUUAUUGAUCUCUGA